AUGCGCGAGCGAGGUCGGGAUGCAGGCGAUCGACGGGUGAGGCGAGCUGAAGUCGGAGGGAGCGAAGAGAGGUCGAUGGGGCCAGGGCGGCUCUUGAGCGAUGUGCAGCAGGGCGAUGGUGGUGGCAAUGCGGAGGCAAGAGGAGGCGAGUGGGAUGUGAUGGCACCGUCGCCAUCAUGCCCCGCCGUAGUGGUGAGGAAUCACGAAUGCAGUGUCCUGCCGCGCUCCUACCUACCUCACUUCUCCAUCCGCUGCUGGCUGAUGGGUCUGCAUUCCUCCCUUUGCAUCGCAGCCUAUCCGCAUCCAGUGUGGCACCUCUGGCGCUGGUUCGCUGACAAGGCAGAAUAUGUCUCCCGCCCCACACCAGCAGCACAGCACCUGCCCUGCAAUAGCCAUGGGUCGCUCAACCCAUGGCUGCAGCACACAGCCUGA